AGAAAAUUCUCCAGGAUGUAAAAUUAAGACUCCCAAUACUUCGAGUGGGCUUAAAAGGUAUGUCUGAAAUAGAUGAGUCGGUGAGUAUAAUAGCUACCCUUCCGUACAAUUUCAAUCGCUCAAUAUACUGGCACUAAUGACUAUUUAGAAAAAUGACAAUCAUAUACUUACCAGAGGAGAAACUAUAAAAAAAUUCCGAACGAUUGCGCAUGUAAAAAAGUGAUUGUUUGGGGUAAUAACUUUUUUCUAGCUUGACCGUCAAUCAGAUAUGUAGGAAACAAUAAACCAUAAAACUUCAAUAUAUUACCAGUUGUCCGAAGAAAUUUUGAUUUAGUCGAGUUGCUAAGCUUUACACGGAAGUAUCUCACUAUUAGUUGGACUAAUCGUAAGCUCAACAAAAAUAAAAGAAAUUUAUGAAGUUGCAACAGUUUAUAUCGUUGUUCGGUGAAUAUUAGUGACCGUUAAAUUAGAAUGUGGUUGCCUUUGCAUAGAGAAGUCUCAGUAAGCAUAACAAUAAACACAAAAAUCAAUAAAGCUUGGCGACUGAGUAAAAUUUAAACGUAAAAAGGAAGUGAUUCAUGAAAAACUAGUGACAUGUUUAAUGUGUUGUUGACUAUAAGAAAUAGAAGUGCCAGUCAAACCGUUGGUUAGUGCUGAGAAAAUGGUGGUUAGAUCAUUGAGUCAAUCUAGUCUUAAUAAACUUACGGAUAAAUCUUCCAAUAAAAUAAUGAAUCGAAACCGUCGCUCACCAAGUUCUCCCGCUCAAAAGCCACCGUCACGAUCGCGAAGUAUGAAUGGACUGCGCAGCCUGAGUCCGUCGAAAAUGAAUGGCUCGUUGAAGUCGAGGGGAUCGUCCAGAGGAAAUGAAAAAUCCGAAUUCGAUUACGCUGAGACAAUAGCAACAAGAUCCACCGACAGUGCUCCAUCGACACCAGAGGAUAACAUAAAUGUGGUCGUACGAGUGAGGCCAUUAAAUGACAAAGAACAUAGAUCAAACGAUCCAAUGGUGGUACAGUUUCCUGGCAGUGGACAAAUAUUGUGCGAUGGUAUACCCGGCGGCCCUAGUGGUGGUCAGAAACCGAAACUUUUCGGAUACAACGUUGUAUUCGAACCGGGUGCUUCACAAGAUGAUGUACUGCAGUACUCAGGAAUCAAGCGUAUCAUUGAAAUGGCCAUCGAAGGUUUCAGUUGUACAGCAUUUUGUUACGGGCAAACCGGAAGUGGAAAGACUCACACACUGACGGGACCGCCAGACUUGUUUUUUGGUAAAAAGCCGGAUCCUAGCGAUGAUCGACAUGGAUUGGUGUUCCGAGCAUUUUUAUAUCUCUUCCAAUUGCUUCAGGAGCGAAAAGAUACGAAUUUUGUGUUGAAAGCAUCGUUUCUGGAAAUUUAUAAUGAAAAGGUAAUCGAUCUGUUAAAUGCUGGCUCGGCAAGGAAACCACUAGCGGUUAGAUGGUCGAAAAAGUCCCGAGGAUUUUUUGUCGAAAAUCUAUUCACCGUUGAUUGCGAAGAGCUAGACGAUCUGCUAGCAGUGUUAGAAGAAGGAAUGCGUAAUCGUUCAGUUGGCUCACACCGUAUGAACGACUAUUCAUCGAGAAGUCAUACAAUAUUGAGCGUACAUAUCACAUCGGAACUGCAAGCGGAAAAUGGAGUUUUUAUAUCGAAACAGGGGAAAAUCAAUUUUGUCGAUUUGGCGGGAAGUGAAAUGACGAAAAAAACGAAUAGUGAAGGGAAAACGUUGGAGGAGGCAAACAAUAUCAAUAAAAGCUUGAUGGUUUUAGGCUAUUGCAUAGCAUCGUUGAGUGAUUCGAAAAAACGUAACGGUCACAUACCGUACCGAGACAGUAAGCUAACUAAAUUGCUGGCCGACAGUCUAGCCGGAAAUGGUGUCACAUUGAUGAUUGCCUGCGUAUCACCGGCCAAAUCGAACAUAUCCGAGACAUUGAAUACUCUACGUUAUGCGGCUCGAGCGAAAAAAAUUCGCACGAAACCGAUUAUCGUGAUGGAUCCACGAGAGGCGUUAAUAUUGAGCUUAAAGCGGGAAAUUAAGUCACUUCAACUGGAAAACGACCACUUAAAAUCAGCCCUUAAUUUACAUUCUGAAAUAUUCGACAACAAUGCUCUGCUAGACAUCAACCAGGAUCGCAAAGUUAUACCUUCGGCACCAGCAGUCGAUUUGGAAAAAAUGUCCGAAUUGGAGAUUGCCGAAAUCGUUGAACUAGUCAAAUUGUAUGUUACGGAAAAUGAGGCGUUGCGUAAUGAGAACACGGAACUGUUCAACACCAGAGAUAUGAUACUUCGUGACCAAGAGGUCGUUUGCCGUGAGAACGAACGACUCUUGAAGAAACUGGAAGAAGUGAAUUUUGUUUGCUGUCGAUCACCCAUUAUACCCGCACGUCCAGCCUUCUCAUCAGAAAUGUUAAAUAUGUCGACAGGUAGCGACACAGAUUCUAAUAUUUGGACUAAUCCGUUGAACGCGAGCACGGACAACGUAUCUACGCAAAAAUCCGAGCUAUUGGAUGGUCGUGUGUCUUCCAACGAAAAUCGGAUACCCGAUACAAUUCAAAAAGAGCUCGACCGACGAAGAAUCGGCGACAGCAUCACAAGCAUUGCAAACAGUUUGCGCCGAAAUAAUUCCUGGGACAACCAACAGACAGUUAUGCGAAAAGUCACAUCGAAGGGAUCUACCGAUUCGAAGACCAAUAGCCCAAAAUUGGUUGAAUUAAAUCGACUGUCUACACCGAAGCGUUCCGUUUCUGACAUGUCUUCAAAAUAUUCCUCACUUGGACGAGACACUGUAACCGAAAGGCCUUCCUCAGCAAUGCAAUCUGACGAUCAAAUUCUGAACGAUGUCCGUAAAAGUGGUACGAACAUUUCAACGCGACCCCGAUCUGGUGUGCGUCAUCUUUCCGACAAUUCUUCCGAACUGAAACGUGACCUAUUUGGCAGUCUUGUUUCACUCAAUGAUCCAUCCAAUGAGACACAUUGAUUAGAUUGCAUUGCUGAAAUGUAAGUUAGUUUGCGAGGUUCCUUUCGUACGUAACCUAGAAUCGCAUGAUUUGAUUUUGUUUAGACCAGUGUCUAUAGUGUAGACCAUUUGUAAAAUGUAAAACUAUAGAGAGUAGUAUUAGUGAACACUGUUUUAUCGUAGAAUUUAGAAUUUGAAUUGUGUUGAGAGUGAUUUACCAAAAAUCUAAAAAACAAAACUGUCGAAUUGAAACUUAGUCUUAUUGUAUCGAUUGAGUCCUGAUAUUCCUCAAGUGUGUUGGCAACAUAAACAAUACUUUUAAAGCUCGUCGAUGCCUUUCCACAAUUUCACUUGUAUCCCUAAUACUGCCACAGCAACACACAUGGAGAAUAACAGUGUUGGUUCCACAUUCAAUAGAUUAAUCUGAUUUUUCCUAAAGGUAGUGUGAUAAUAAGGUGAUAAGUAAUGAACAUAUCUUCCAUAAGACAGCUGGAAGGUACAUCGUUACCAUUUCAGAGAUGCAAAGCUCGGAACCGGUCAGGUCCACCUCAUCUUACCAGAUAUGUGAUUGAUGUGGACCUGAUUUUAUAAUUUUUGAUAAAUCCCUGAACUGAUCACUGACCUUUUCCGAGACGGAAUUUAAUUUUGUCGAUGUGGAGUGUGUCUUCAAUUUGGUUGCUAUAUCGUUGAAAGUAUGCAAAUGUU